AUGUCACUGGAUGAUAUAAUCUUGGAUCAUGAAUCGAAUCAAUGUCUUUUCGUAUGCGCUAAAUGUGGAGCAGAAUAUGUGACACGAGAUAUGCUGGCUAUGCAUAUGAUGGACAGUGCCCGCGCUGGAAUGUGUAUAGAGACAGACACACUCACGCUGCCGCAUAUAUACUCUUUGCAGAAUGCAACAGUGAAUGCUAAUACCAAUACUAUUAACAAUAAUAAUAAUAGCAUGCACAGUAACAAUUUUAUGUCUUUAAAUCAUAAAAUAUUUUCAGCUAUCGAAGAAAGUCUACCGCCGUUUCGAGGAUUUCGAAAUGCUUCCUCGUCAUCAACAUCAUCAUCGAUAACAGAUGUACAAAAAGACGAAGACGGGAUACAAUCUCUGCUGAUGAAUUCUAAAUAUCAAACAAAUAAUAAUAAUUUAGCCAAAAAUGUAAAAAUGAAUUUUAUUCAUUCAUUGAAAGUGAAUAAAAGUGAUAUGUUUACUACACUGGCGACGAAAGAUAAAAUAAGAAUGUCCAGUGGGAAGUUUAACUCAAAUUUGAGUGAAUAUAAAGGAAGAUUGAAAAAUAUUUCCAGUGAUAUGAGUUGUAGUCAAAGAUGUACAUCACCAGCAUAUCCACUGAUUAAAUCUUUAGGUAACCAAGGUAGUAGUUCAUCAACUUCAGUGUGUGCUAUUGCAAAAUCAUUCAACUCUCCACCCGACACCGUUAAAUCAACUAAUAUAAACUCAAAGUGUACAAAUACACUUCAAAAUAAGUCACAGACAGCAGUAGAUAGAGCAACAAAUAAUCAAGAAGGUUUUAAAAUCACAUGCGCAGAUGCACAAAUGAAAGUCUGUGACACUGCUAAAUCUUUAAAACCUUAUACGAAAUGUAAGGAUGCUAAGAAUGUGAAGGCUAUAAAAAGAAGUCGAUCUUUGCCAUCACCUCGUACUCUGUGGAAUCAACAAAUGUGUUCUGAGCCAAUACCUGCACAUGUGAAUGAAAAUAAUAUUUUGGAGAAGACCGGUGAUCUGAGCACUUGUGAUGAAAUUCUGCAUAAGACUCGACGUGAUCGUAAAUGUUACAAGAGGUCAGGGUAUAAAAAUCUACGCAAAUUGGUGAAUUAUAAUCGAUCAAAGUUCAAGGUGGCUCAAAAUUCGCAUAUCAUAUCUCCUCAAAUAACAAAUUGUUAUAACCCUGAUAAAACAGAUGGACAUUCAGCGAACUGCCAUGAUGAAGAGGCUGUUCCAUUGGAUGUUCAACAUGACAAUAAUAAACAGGUGACCAGCUUAGAUGAAGGAAAUAAUCAAAAGAUAAAAAUGAUUGGCAAUGCUCAACUCACUUUUCCAUAUAUCUGUGAUUAUUGUCAAAUAGGAUUUGUUCAACAAGCUUUAUACUGUUUACACAUGGGAAUGCAUUGUGUGAAUAACCCGUUGAAAUGUAAUAUGUGUGCACGUAACUGUUUAGAUGUUUAUGACUUUUUUAGUCAUACUCUACACUUUUGUUGA